AUGGCGCAGCGUAAACUACAGGCCGAGAUCGAUAAGACUCUCAAGGCCGUCGCUGUCGGUGUAGAAACCUUUGAAUCGACUUUUGAGAAACUACAACAUGCCUCCAGUACGACUCAGAAGGAAAAAGUCGAGACUGAUCUGAAGACGCAGAUCAAAAAGCUUCAGAGAAUACGUGAUCAGAUCAAAUCCUGGAUAUCCAGUAGUGAUAUCAAGGAUAAAACGGCUUUGAUAGAUGGGAGAAAGUCGAUCGAGACACAAAUGGAGCGGUUCAAAGCGCUGGAAAAAGAGAUGAAGAUGAAAGCGUUUUCGAAAGAAGGACUGAUAGCUCAAUCUAAAUUGGAUCCAGCGGAGAAGGCGAAACGGGAGAUUGUCGAUUGGAUAGGCAACACAGUCGAUGAACUAUCACGUCAAAUUGAAUUGACAGAAGCGGAAGCUGAGAGUUUAAAUACGGGCAAGAAGAAGAAAGGGCAGGGAGCAGACAGACUGGGUGAAUUAGAGACCUUGAAUGAGAGGAGACAGUGGCAUAUCGCGAGAUUGGAAGUCGUCCAGCGGAUGUUAGAGAAUGGGCAAUUACAGACAGAUCAGGUGGAGGCGAUUCAAGAGGACGUCAAGUACUUUGUCGAGGCGAAUACGGAGGAAGACUUUGAAGAAGACGAAGGAAUCUACGAUGAACUCAACCUUGUCGACGAAGAUGACUAUACUGGCGACCUUCACAAUGAUGAAACGUCCAACCUUGAUUCCGCAUCCGUUGCUGAUACCGUCGAUACGGCCCCGUUACCGUUACCAAAGACACCGGCGAAAGAUGACAAGGAUAGUGGAGGAGGGCAUAAAAAGACUACGCCUGCCAGUCGGUCCUUGUCCAUGUCUCAAGGUACCAGUGGACCGUCGGCCGUGGCUGCUCUAGAGGAUCCACCGAGUCCCAUAGCGGGCAAGAAACAACCUGUACGAAAGACGACUGCAGAGACGAAGCCCGCCGCUACGCCUGAGAAGGCGGCUGUCAAAACGGAUGCGAGCUCGAAAGAAAUUCCUGCAGCCGCCCAGCCAACGGGUACGACACCAGUUACGAAGACUCUCCCUCCGAUUCGAUACGCUGCUGCGGCUGCAGCUGCAGUGGCAUCUCAGAUUCCUGCCAUGCCUACCGUUCCUGCGCCCGUUCCUUCUGACUCGCCUCGGAAGGAAGACGCACCGACAGGAUCGGCCACUGCGAACACCACGAGUAUUCCGCCGCCACCAUCCUCUGCGGAGCCACCAAAGGAUUCCAGCCCUUUCCAGAGUGCCAGUGCGCCACCUCCACCACCAGGUCUCUCCAAAUCCCCCGCCCCUCUUGCUCCUUCCAACACUGUCACCUCUCCCGUAUCUACCAAUGGCCCCGCUCCGCCCUUUGCACAAGCCCCUGCUCAAACCCAACAAGCGUCAGCACCUCCACCACCGCCAGGCGUCUCCGCACCUCCGGGAUACCCCACUGCGCCGCAGACGCAGCCUGGAACCGCAUCCGAUCCACAGACAGCUCGUGCACCUGCUUCGACCGCUCAAGGCCCACCAGCGCAGCAACCCAUUCAAAACCAAGCGUCCGGAUCACGAGUCACCAGUCCGCCUUCUGCUGGAGCACCUCAAGGCGUCAUGGGCAAUCUCAUGCACAGCUUUGACAUGGCCAAGGAGUCGUCUGAGAGACGAUCAAAUGAUAUCAACGAAUUGAAUGCCGCAUUAGACACCUCGUACCUGAAUGCGCCGCAUCUGGAAGAUUCCGAACCACCGCGGUAUUACCACCCUCGAACCCCUAUCAAGACGCCCUCAUACUACCCUCAAACGCGUUUGCCGAUAUUGGAGGACAAACGGUCGUAUCAGCGGAUGGAGAUUGAUCAGUUAUUCUUUGUCUUCUAUUACAUGACGGGGACUUAUGAGCAGUGCGUAAAGACUGUGACUGGGGGAAUUUGCGCUGACAUUUCUGUUUUCUUUGUUUUUUUGCCUUGUCUCAUCUUUGCGACGCCUGCUCGCUGGCACCCGAUCGCUUUGCUUCGCUGGUGCCUCCUACUCCCCUCACUCCGCUCGCUGCGCUCGGCGUGUUCGCUAUGUUCGCUUAGAUGGGCCGCCGCCCAAGAACUCAAGCGCCAAUCGUGGCGAUUUCACAAGCAAUACCUCACCUGGUUCCAACGUGCUCACAAUCCGCAAGCUGUCACUUCAGAUUAUGAGCAAGGUGGAUAUUUCUACUUUGAUUGGGAGAAUAGCUGGUGUCAGAGGAAGAAGUCUGAUUUCAGAUUCGAGUAUCGAUGGCUUUCGGAUGACUGA